AUGCUUCAACCAGAACAAGAGCGACCCCAGUUCACUGGGGCAAUUGUUCCUCACCCUUUCAGGAAUCACCAGGCAUACUCGACUUUGUGCAAACACGACACACACCUUGACAAUUAUUGCCAUGCAGACUUACUAUGUGGAAAAGUCCUAAGUGGUUAUGAUCUCGGUGCAGGCCUCAAAGAUACCCUCACUCCUUUCCUCACUGAAGAAGCAACCAACAAGUUGGCUCCUGUUGGGACAAGCCAACAUACAUGUAGGUCUCAAGGAGACAUGGGCAUUACAAACAGAACCUUGAACAAUUUAUAGGCAUCACUAACACAGGAGGAAUUCCAUAAGUAUUCUAACUGCACCACAACAUUCCAGACAAGUAGCAUGACAAGCACCGUCUACCAAGUGGCGAAUAAAAUGGUACUUGACUCUGAGACCACUGGUCUAGAUCAGAAUGCUGAAAUCCUACAAAUAGCUUCCUCUCGACCAAACAGUAUUGUACGCCUUGAACGUUAUCUUCUCCCUGACACCAAAACAAUUGCAGACUCUCCCACCCAAGUGCAUGGUAUAAGUGUGCAGUACAGAGAUGGCGCUAAGAUCAUACAAGAGAAUUUGCAAAAUCUGAGGGCUAACAGAUAA